GCUCCGGGAGAAGUAGGGGGGGGGGACGGCGGCACGGUUCGGCUCGUUUUUAAGCCAUUUUUAAAGUGUCGCCGGUCGGGGAGCCUGUUUCACUGGCGUCGGGUAUAAAGCCGGGGGAUGAAAAUAUGGUGGAGGGCGUCGGACGUAGUUCAGGAGCGCCUGGUUUAUUGACUAGAAAGUACCGGUUGUUCUAAUCUGGACGACGCGGAACUCCGCGCCGCGAAGAAGAAGAAGGAGAAGAAGAAGAAGAAGAAGAAAAACAACAACAACAACAGUAACUUCGACAAAAUCAGCCACGAUUUAGACGCAGAUUCGGGUUUUUUUUCGCGCUCCUCCUCUGCCCGUCGACGCCUGCUUUCCGCAGUAGACGGUUAACAGUCCUGGAAUGGACCGAGGAGGCUGCCAGAUGAGCGGCGGCGGAGGAGGAGGCGGCGGCGGCGACGCCAUGGACCGGCCCGGGGUGAUCACCCUGGAGGACCUGGAGUCCUUCUCGGAGGACCAGCUGUCAGACUCGGGCAAUGGCAGCCUGGAGGAGGAGGGGGAGACCAUGGAGGCAGAGGACGGCUCGGAGCGACUGCUGAACUACUGGCAGGAAGUGGCGAGGGGCCACCAGGUGGAGGUUUCCCCAGAUAUGGCUGAACCCAUUCAGCAGCUGAGCAGCAACAACCAAGGCCAGAGCCAAAGGGAGCAAGUCCCGUUUACCCUGCUGCUGCGAAAAGAGAAGUGUGGGGAGCAGCUCUAUGAGAAACGCCACUAUGAAAAGGGCCACUGGGCUUGCAUAACGCUGCACGAGGACACGUAUGAGCAGAGCAUCUGCUACGGUUUCAUGAGGAUAAUGAGAUACAUCUGUCAGCAGAACUCUCUAGGGGACUACCUCGGCAUGACGCUGCCCAUCGUGACCGUGGUGCGGACGGACGAGAGCCGCUCGGUGAUCUCCCAGGACGUCACCGUGGCGUACUACCUGCCUCUGGAGCAUCAGGCCCAGCCGCCGCAGCCUCACGACAACGAGAUCGUGGUGGAGGUCUGGCCUGCCGCCACCGUGUACACAAGAGGGUUCACCGGCCCCACCAACGAAGUCACCAUCAUCAAUCAAAUCGGCGCCAUGGCCGAGCUGCUGGACUCGCCGGGCCUGUGCGUCAGCGACUCGUUCAUCGUGGCCGGCUACACCAACCCGGCUCACAGCCACCGUCAGAACGAGAUCUGGUUUCUGGAGCGCCGCUGAGCCGCCGGCGCCGCCCCCCCGCCCCGCCCGUGGCCCCUCGAGCCCGGUGAACUCUUUGACACUGCCCCAGCUAGCUCAGCUACAGCCUCAGGUUCCCAGAGCAUCGCCCCCCCCACCACCCCCCCUGCAACGACCACCAGCCUCGCACAAUUCCAGUCUAAAACAUGAAAAAAAGUUUCUGAACCUUAAAAAGACUUUCCUUCGUUUUUUUACCGAGAGAUCUUUGUUUGACCCGGUUCACCUCUGCUCAUAAACACAAACGACGUUGUUUAGUCCGUUAGCGCUCCGUCAACAUGGCGGCCGCUGCGUGAUUUCAGCUUCAGUGGCCGGGAUUCUUCGGUUCCCUGCGGUAAACCCAAUAUCUAAUAGAGGAGGUCUAAUCCUGGUCUCUGUGCCGUGAGGCGGAACGGGUCUGAGGUUUUUCAGAUGCUGGUUGUGUAGUUUUUUUUUUGGGGGGAAAUCUCGCUGAUUCAGCUAAACGCAGACAUUUCACACCUGCUACUAAAAUCCAGGUGUGAAUAACACCAAGGUUUGCAUAUAAACAGAUAUACAGGUGAGCCACACUGUGGGCUGUGAGCGAAGCGGUCCGCUGGUGGUUCUGUAACCUCCCAGAGGCGUUCAGUCGCUGACGCCACAUCAUUUCAGCCUCAUUUUAUUUAGGUAACCUAACAGAAAUAAGUGAAAUAAAGGAUAAUGUGGCGCAGCAUCUCUGCACAGACACUAACGAUUUUAAAUGCGGCGUGCAAAUUAUGGCCGCACAGCUCCUUUUCUGAUGCGACAUUUAACCCCCGCUGAAACAGAAGGGCGAGUUUUCCCACCGCUGGACCAGAGGUGGCGCCAGGCCCGGUUCUUAACGCGGCUCUAAGACAGAAACUGGUUGGGUUUCCCCCAGUUUUUUUAUUUUUUUAUGCAAACACGUAUCCCAAUAACUUUGUUU